AUGGCGUCCUCAGAUGUCCACGUCCGAAUAUGUGAACAAGAAAUACUCAAAUAUGACUUGGAAAUCAAGGCUUUUAUCCAGGAUAUUACCAAUUGUGACGGACCUCACGCAAGGCUGGCAGAACUCAAUACAGACGUGAAAAAAAGUUUUCACAAUCUCAGAAUGCGCAUUCAUGACCUUGAGCAGAUGGCCAUGGAGCAGGACAAGGAGUCGGACAAACGGGCCUUAAUAACUCAGGUCGAGGGGCACAGAAAGCAGAUGCUGAGUAACCAAACAACUUGGAGGAAAGCCAACCUCGCUAGUAAACUGUCCAUUGACCAUAUGGAAAAACAAGCUCUACUUAGCGGGGGAGAUAGUGCUGUGAGGCAGAGAAAAUUAACCAAAGAAGGCAUGGCCCAGACAACAAGCAGCAUCACAGAGAAUCUCAUGAGCAUAAGCCGUAUGAUGGCACAGCAGGUUCAACAAAGUGAAGAGACUGUGACCACUCUUGCAACCUCUUCAAAGACCGUUCAGGAGACGAAUGAGGAAUUUAAAACAAUGACAGGAACAAUUCAGUUGGGGAGGAAACUCAUCACAAAGUACAACCGUCGUGAGCUCACUGACAAACUGCUCAUCUUCUUGGCUCUGGCCCUUUUUCUAGCUACAGUGCUCUACAUCCUUAAGAAGCGGCUUUUCCCUUUCAUUUAG